AUGGAAAAGCGGAGUUACGUGUGUCUGAAUUGUCAAUGUCCACUGCGUCUCGAGUUCCCGCAACGUCCGGAAUCGGCUGAUUCCGAAAAACGGGUACGUGAGCGUUCGGUGAACUUUUCCAGUGAAAUUGACAAUUUCAGGCCGAAUCGGUGAUCACAGAAACGUUGACAGGCCACUCGCGCAACCUCAUGAAGCUCAUUUCCGAGGCUCAGAUCCCACAAGAAGCGCCCGUUUGCAUUGUAAGUCUUUCGCUCAUUUCAAACUCAAUAAAAUCGUUUUCCACGUGUUUCAGGAGUGCUCAGAUGCGCUCGCCAAAGAGUUGGAUGUGCAGGUGGCGACGUUGGACGAGGAGAACGCCAUGUACAAAGCGUACAUCGAGUACAUGCGGGAGAACUAUCCGACGACGUCGAUUCCGGAACUGAAGGCCCAUCUGCAGAAUGCGACGGACGAGGAGCGGAAUCUGGAGCAGCAGCUGAAGAAGUUGCUCGUCGAGGAGGAGCAGCUCGAUCUGGAAUUGCAGCAGAAGAGACGGACGGCGGAGGCGUCGAUCGAGAGUUCGGCCGACUUGUGGAGAAAGUACCGCGACAAUUUGAAGUGAGUUUUUGAAGUUUUUCGUAUUUCUUCGAAACGUCUCGCUUUUCCUCAAAAAACACUUGGUUUUUCACCUGUCUUUAUCCGACUAAACAAGCCCAUCAGCGUUCUCCACUAAAUCUUCGUAAUUUUCAGAGCAGUAUUCGACGAUCAAGAAGAAUUGGCAUCGCUGGAAGCGGAGCGUCUGUAUGCCGAAGUUCAGCACAGAAAGUGAGUGCAACCAAACCAAACGUUUCAUUCUCUAUUUUCGCCCUUUUUCCAGACUAAUCGAUACGAACGUGCUGGAUUUGUGCUUCCACAUUUGGGUCGACGGAAUCGUCGGAGAAAUCAACGGAUUCCGACUGGGCUACGUGAAGGAGAGUCCGGUGGAGUUCACGGAAAUCAACGCGGCCCUCGGACAGGUCGUCCUUCUGCUCGAGGUUAGUUCUCGCGAGAUUCGCCCACCGGUUUUGUGUCGAUCUCCCUUUCCCCGCUUUCCUCGCCCAUUUUCCUCUCCAUUUUCCCUCUUCAGAUCCUGAUGGAGCGUAUCAACGUCCAACAUCACGAAUUGGUGCCCGUCGCGAUGGGAAGUCACUCGUACAUUAAGCUGCGUCGGAACGGAAACGACGUCGAGACGUACCCGCUGUACGGACAGGGCACUCCGCUCUCCGGCUCUUCCGCCAUCGACGCCGGCAUCCGACGAUUCCUCCAACUUCUAGAGUUUCUGCUCAAAGAACUCAAGGUACUGCUGUUUUCUAUUCUUUUUUAGAUCAUUCUCUUUUCAGAAUAAGAGCAGCGCGUUCAAAACGCCAUAUCAGAUAAGCGCGGAUUCGCUCGUCGACAACGGCGUCAAGUACAACGCGGUGAUGACGUUGAACACAGACGUCCGAUGGACCCGCGCGAUGGCUCUGAUGCUCGCCGAUCUCAAGGCGGCCUCUGCUCAGUGUGACGCGCUCAGGGCGCCCAUUUAGAUGGCUGAAGUGUUUAGAAAUAUGUAAUGAUCCCAAUUUAUAUUAUUUCACCUUUGUACAAUUGUUUUCACUUGUUCUCCUUGUAAGUAAAGUUUUUCUUUUAAUUUUUUUAAACUCUUGCUUCUGAAUUUGACUGAUUGGUUUUUGAGCCAAUUGAUAUCUGCUUCUUUCGUUCUUAAAUUCCAACUUGCUUUCCAUUUUCAGAGGAGGUCGUCGUCGUGUCGUGCUCUCCCGAUUCGGACUCUGGUCUUAUCCGUACCAGUCCGUGAAUAUCUACCGAUUUCGUCCAUGGGCGGAUCAGCACGCCGUCAGCGAAGCACGUCGGCGACGAGACGAGCGCGAGCAGCAGCGAGAAGACAGUGCUCGGCCGACGGAGAAGAAGUGAACGGAGUAGGAGGAGAAGAGAGCGCCACUUUUCAUGGGCUGUCGGUCAGUUUUAUCAAUCAACGGCACCACAAUAUCAUCAUUUCACGGGGUGACUUUUCUAUUCUCUUCUCUUGACAGAAGACGCGCUCAUUUUUCCCCAAUUCUGACUCAAUUUAUGCGGCAAUCUGACUCCUUAAUCUUCUGAGCCCAAUUAUUGCUUAUUCGAUUCGAAUGUUUCCUGGUUCCUGAAGACGAUCCCCCUUUCAAUUUCCUUUCAACCAGCUACAUUGUAUUUGAGCGCAUAUUACAGAAAUCAACGAGUGUUUACCGUUCAGCAUAUUCCGUUAAUCAGACCAUUCUUAUCAGUCACAUCGCCCUCGUCACCUAACUGUCUCCCGCCUUUUCCGUGAUUCUCGCCUAUCCUUCUCCCGAAUGUCAUAUUCGUCUCGUCGUCUGUUCUCUCGUUGCUCUCGUGUCUCUGCAAGAGUGAAGCCGGAACGACGAGUUCGUGCUGAAAAGGACAAAGUCGAAAAGCGGCCGGUUUUGAAACGGGUCUGUGAGCAGAGCGGAAGAAAUGGGUUCCAUUCUGACAUUUACAAGAUCAGCAGCAUUAGCAGAAUGUGACAAAUUGUCUGAAUCACCAUUCUCAAUCACAGUUUUCCGAUUGUUCUCCAGUUCUCCAGACAAAGUCGUUCCCAUUCCAGUUUUUCCCCGUUUCAGUUUUGAGCCUUUCCGUGUCCUUAAAACGAGUGCAGACGACACUUGAUUUUUCGAACUUGGCCAUCCUUCGAAUUCAAUUUUUUGAUCAAACUGUCUGAUAACCGACAGUCUGCAAUGAUAUCAUCCAUGAAAAGUUUAUCAGGUUUUCAACGGAGAAGCAUGGGGUGUGGUACACUUGUACGCAAAAGUCGGCGAGUUGCACGUACCUUGUGGAAAACGACUUUGAACGGAUGGCAGGUUCCGACGAUAGCAGCGUCAAAGAUCGGAGAACUUUGCGAGCUUGGAUCUUGUUCUAUUUAUGUCACACACCUUCCCACACGUGUAAAAUUAGAUUUAUAACGUUGGCGACGCGAAAAAUCGUUGUACCUAAACAAAACGUGAUCACCCGAACGAGCUUCGCAAUAAUCCGGAGCUCGUCUCUUCUUUUUCCGCUUCUCUCCUAAUCAAUUUUAACUCAUCACGAGCCCAACCACUUUGGAUCCCCAUUUCUCUGCGAAUUGAGUGAGUUCUUAUCUCCGAUUUUCUUCCUCCGUCGACUGUGUUCUGCUCGGUUUCUUCUGGUCGACCGAUAAACACAAAGGGCAACUGUCUGACACAAACACGCAUCGGAAUUGCAAAGAACCGCAGAAAACUACCAUUUUUUUUUAUAUCGGCGUGCUUUUGGAAGAGAGACCACUUUUCGGUGAACACUUGGGUUAAUUUAAGAGAUUUUUCACGGAUUUGGGGUCUGAGAGACUCGACGAACAACGAGUGCGUUUUUAAUAAGCGCGCAAGUGCUACUGCCUCUUGUUGCACCUAUUCUUAUCUACAGUAGUCUUUGCCUGUUCGGAUUCUCGUGUCUAGAACGCAGCCUCGUUAAUGUUCACAUUGCAACAAAUCGACCUGCCGGUUCUUAUCACCUCGUCGCCUUCUCAAGCACCACUCCGCUUAUCAGUCCGAUUCAAUUUAGUUUGCCGCGCGUGCACCGAGGCGGAUCAUAAAUCGCCGCACGACUAUAUUCUGGCUACAUUUCGACUAUAUCCUCGGAUAUUUUCGGGCGGCAAAGUAUGUCCGAUCAGAAAGUCUUACUGCAUCCGCUCGCUUCUCUCCUAUCCGUGUCUAUCCGUGUCCACACACAUACACGCCACUUUCUGCCCCCAAGACCUCGGGCACGGCGGUCACAAAAUCUUUGUUCGUCGGCGUUUCCACGCCCAAAGCUACCUCGCGCCGUCUGUGAUCUACCUUUUCGGCGCGCUCUCUCGCAUUUGUCAGCAUUUUUCGGCGGUCGAGAGAGGGAAAAGAAGAAGAGACGGCAGACGAGAACAGUGUUUUGUUGGUGCACGCACCGAGUUUUCGCUCAACUUUUCCGUCAAGUUUGGUACCUUCUCUCGAAACCUCGCAGUUUACUGUUUUAAGACCGAUUUGUGUCUGCGUGUCCUACUCUUCCACCUCCCGUACGAUCCAAUGUGAUGUUAGACGCAGUUUUCCGCCCUGAUGGCUGUUUAUCGCGGCGGCGGUCUAUGGUAGCAGCCAGCAGUAGCAGAAGACCACACAUCAUCGUGGAGAGAAGGCGUGCACCGUGCACCAACACAAGUUUUUGUGUUCACAUUUGUGCCAUUGCUGUUUUUUCCGAUCGAGUUUGCAUAACUUUUGGCCUUUCCGUCUGUCACAUUUCUUAUUCCCGCACUGAUAUCAGUGAGCUGCUUUACUCGGGCAUUUCUCAAACGGUUCUUUGUCGCGUGAAAUUGUCUCUUAUCGUAAGAGGUUUCUUCCCGAAUUGCCCUCGCGAUAGAUCAACUCAUUUGACUUUUUUUUGUCCAGCCAUCUCUAAUCGACAGUCUCACCUUGCCUUUCUCGUUUUAGAUUGAUUUAAAGUUUUUGCCAGUUUGAAUUGUGUGCGAGCGGUCUCAUGAUUACGGUAUCUGUCAUUCUCUUAACGUUAUGGAUAGGCCCAAUUUCUCGGUUCCUAUGCAGCUAUGCUGUAAAUUAAAUUAGCUUUCGAAAAAUUACUCGCUGCGACUACCGUAUUCUACAGUUCUCUUCUCUCUUCCUCGGUCUGUCAAAAACUUUGUGUUUUCACCUUCCCAUUUAUUUGCUCUUUUCUCUAUGGCAAACUUGUCGAGCCGGAGCUCAUAGUGAACUUUACGCGUUACAAUGUAUUUAGUACCGUAACGUUUUUCUCGUCGGAAACUAUCCGAUCAAAAAUCGGAUGGUUUGUUCACAUUCACAGCCACGUCAUCCUGAUCGUUCUUGAAAAUUGCAUCAUUUUGAUGUUCUUCUUCUGACGUUUCUUCAAUUUUGAGCUCUUUUUUUUAAGAAUUCUGGACGAUCAGGUCUUUUAGACUCGACUUUUCCUCUGAAAUAUCUGAAAUUUGAAUUUACCACCGGGCCAAAAGUCGAUGACAUCAUCGAAAAUCGGUCGAUGUGAGAACUGGCAACACUCACGCACGCCGCCCCUCUCACGACCCGAUAAACGAAGAGGAAUACAGAGACGGAGAGGGAGAGAGAGGAGGUCUUAUUCUUCUUUUUUUCUUCAUCCCUGUUCAGCAGCCUGUCAGAUGAUUCGAAAUUGCAAUGUUUUCAAUUUCCUCCUGUUUUCUCCACUAAUUUCCUUAAAAAUACGAGCCUUAUACCGUUUUUUUGCAGCCUGUAAUCGUCUGGUUACUCGCCACAUCAUCACUCAUCGUUGUGAUCUCGCCGUCCGCCCGUACUCGUUCCCUCGAUCCAAUCGAAACCUUCCUGGGCUCUACUCCGAGUAAGUUGCUGAUGCUGCUGCAGAAGACGUCAAAAGGUGUCUGACCAUCGAGCAAAUGGUCGUCCCGGGGGGCCUUGAGUCCGUCUUAAUCAGGCGGACUUUCGAUGCACUUUACCGAUGAAUAGACGGCCUUUUCGGAUUGGAAAGUGGAACUUUUGAACUUUUACGCUACUUUCAGAAAUGUACGCCUCGAAUAACAACGACAACCGGAAUUUCGGUCAACAACAACAGCAACAGUACGAUGCUCCGGACAAGCAAUACUUUUACCCGCCGUUCAACCGGCCAAUGGGACUCCGUUGGCGAGACGACCGACGGAUGAUUUCGGCGUCGCCGGUCACCAUCCCCGUCAUGCCCAUCCUCACCGAACACCGAUCCGCGUCGCCGUUCGGUCGCGGAGCUUCUACCUCGGCCCGCCCGACCACUUCCUCUGCAUACGACUACGAUUCGCCGACUCUGGAAGACAUUGAUCUGAUCGAUGUGCUCUGGAGAAGUGACAUUGCCGGAGAGAAGGGCAUUCGUCAGGUGGCACCCGCCGAGCAGUACGAAUGUGAUUUGCAGACUCUCACAGAGAAAUCGACAGUAGCGGUGAGUAGGGGGAGAAUUGAAUGAUUUAUUGGGUUGAAAACGGAGUCAUGGCAUUGGCAAUUCGCAAACGAAGAACUGCGGCAACAUCUCGCGGCAUCCGUAAUCGAACCAAGUGCCACGUUGCUCUUGAUGAAAAGCCAUGUAGGCACAGUCGACCUCGGGCUCGUUCGGCUGCGAAGAGUCCCAGUUGAGGAAGUCGGCAUCGGAACCGUCCGACCACUUGUACACUUGAAACGAGUCGUUCAGUUUGUUCAAGCCAAUCCAGACGUUGUUCUCUGAAAAAUAGGGAUAGAUUGUAGCCUCCGCGGUAACCGAUUGCCCACUCUUUCUCAGCUUGUGCACGAAUAGAUUCUCCGAUUCGUCCUUGAUGCUAACAAGAUGGCCUCCCAUCGAACGGCACACGUUCUCGGCCGGAAUCCACAUGAGAUCCACCUCGAACAGUCUGUACCAGUGAUCUUCGUACAAUUGCCAGCCCUGUAAUCAAUCGUCACUUUUCCUAAUUCUUCGGUCAGAUAAGGCGCGGUUUCCCUCUCUCCGCGGCGGAGCACGCCACUUUUCCUGCUUCUCCGUUUAGUCUGAUGCGUAAAAUGCCGUCAUUUCUAUUUUUCUCGCCCAUCUUAUCAGAAUUCGUCGGUGACUCGCUUCUUAUCACACCCGACGCGGCUUGGGCGUUUUCCAGGAGUGUUCGACGAUGACAAUUGACCGUACAGUUGACGUACUUGGCAAAAAAGCAGUACUUUGUGCAUUUGAGAAAGCGGGUCAAACAGAGCACGUAGCGACGGGUGCGUCAGCUCGCGGGGAAACACCUCGGGGGAAUAGGAGAAGAGUACAUCACCGUCUGGACUUUUCGAAAGGGCACAGGUUUCCGGGAUAGAGACUCACACUUUGUUGAAGAGCUAAAACGGUCAGCAGACGGACAUUGACAUCUAGGUUGAUGGCACGCUGGCCGGCGAUCGAUUCAUAGGAGGAUUUGAGGGGACUGGGAAUGACAACGGGACGGACUAGUGGAAUGAGCAGAGAGAACACGAUGAGUAGCUUCAUUGAUUGGGAAUGAGAAUGUGAUGAAUGAGCAGGAAUGAGAUGGAAUUGUAUGAGAAAGUUUCGAAUUUCACCUGGUUAUAAACAAUUUCCCCAAUAAUCAAUCAUUUCAGCCGCUCACUGCCGAAGAGAAUGCACGCUACGAGGACCUCUCGAAGUCGUACUAUCAGGAUUUCUACCCGUCAUUCGGCACUAUCCAGAAGCAUCAACAAGUGAAGCGAGAAGUGCGAGACGGUCAGGAUCAGCAGCCGCCACAGAGGCGGUUCCAUGAUCUGCCGACCGACAAGGAUCUGGCGGAUCUGCUGGAGGACGUGUCGCGCGAAGAGGGACAGCUGAAUCUUCUGUUUGAGGACAAGAAGCCGAUUCUCGACGACAUCUCGUUGUCCGAUGCGAUCGUCUACACACAGGCCAAUUGUGAGUGAUUCUGGCUUCUGGCGUCGACCUUCUAAACGUCUGGUAAUUUCAGUGACCGAAAUGGAAGAGAUUCACGACUCGUGCAAUCAGAUCUCUAUCUCGAGUGUUCCCACUUCUUCUGCCGAGCAACCCGAAACUCUCUUCAACACCACCGAUGCUCUGACUAUCCAGCAAUGGAUCGAGCCGACUGAAGUGACCCCAAGCGACGGUGCGUUGCUCCCUUUCUUUUCCUCUUUCUUUCUUAUCUCUAGCGUGCUCUCAAUCUUUUCCUCUCUCCUUGAUAACCAAUUUUUCCCCCUUUUCCCGAGACUCGAAGUUGAGAGACUAAUGAGGCAGGUGACCACGCCCCUUUCUGAACUGCUGAAACUAUUGUGGGUGGGGCGUAUCGCGCUAAACAGAGCCUCUAAGUAUAUAAAGUGCUAGAAGCGGAGCUCGUUUUGAAUGUCCUCCUCACCGUCCUCCCCUUCCAACAACCUCCCGCCAUUCGCCGCUACCGACGCCCGUUCGAAACUGUUUUUUAAUUCGAUGUACGAGAGCCUCCGCCUGCAAAUGUUCCCGCAACCGUCGCAACAACUCGACCAGUUGACCCAGAACCAGAUGGCCGCUUUUCCGUAUUCGGGAUUCUCUAGCACUUAUGAUAGAGGCGCGUCUGGUUUGUUUUCAUUCUCUAGGCUAACCCAUUCUGCCGAUAUCUCUCGCUCCGAUUCUUAUGAUUGGUUUUCCAGUGUUCCCACAAAGCAACUACGUCUACGUCGGAAUGCAGAACGACUCGCUGCACACGGUGAUCUCGAACGGACAGAUCGACUACGAUCACUCGUACCAAGUGCAGACUCCGCUCUCGCCGCUACUCAUCGGAGGAACCACCACCACCGCCUCCUCUUCUGGACGUCAGCAGCAAACGCAGACGAGCCCGAACAGCGAGCGUGUGACCGCUUCGGCCACCGCGUCGCUCUUCGAUCCGUACCACUCGCACAGACAUUCGUACAGCGAUUGCAACACGUGAGUGACUACUCUGUCGGGAAUGCUCUAUUAGCAAAGUGCAAGGAUUCGAGCGUACUUUUCCGUUAUGAUCAACUGAUUAGAGAGACCCCAGGGACCUUAGUGCACCUCUUCUUUCUCUGAAAUUCAGAGUCUGAGUAAUCCUUUUCCUUUUUCAGUGAUUCAUCCUCCACCUGCUCUCGCCUCUCCUCGGAAUCGCCACGCUACAACUCGGAAAGCUCUUCGUCAACGAGCGGCCCACUCACUGAGUCCCGCUUCUACGGAAAGCUCAUUCCGGGCCACGGCUCACGCUACGAACGACCGUCGUCUCCGCGCUCUCCACAUCCGACCAAGAUCAGCCGAGUGGUGCCACUCUCCGGAUCGGGUCAACGCAAGCGUGGGCGUCAGUCGAAGGAUGAGCAGUUGGCCUCCGACAGCGGACUUCCGGUCACGGCGUUCCAAAUCUCGGAGAUGUCGUUGAGCGAGUUGCAGCAAGUGCUGAAGAGCGAGAAUCUCAGCGAGUAUCAGCGACAGUUGAUUCGCAAGAUUCGACGACGCGGUGAGUUGAGACGGAUUCUUUCGGAAUCUGAACUGAUGUGUUUUGCAGGAAAGAACAAGGUGGCCGCCCGUACGUGCCGUCAACGUCGCACCGAUCGCCACGACAAAGUAAUCAACAUGAACAAUAUAUUCGAAAAGAACUUGUUCUAA